AUAUCGUCGUAUUCUAUAUUCUAUAUAAAACUAUCUGUCUCGUUGUGCAUAACUUUACAUUUCUCGCGAAACUACGGUGAUAUGUAAUGAAAUUCGUACAAAUAUGUCUUGAAUAUGUCGAGAAUACACAUACACACGUAUAGAAUGGUUUGUCGAACUUCACUUCGAGUUUGUGCAUUUCGAUUACGACCAAAUUUUCUAAAAAGACGCUUGGCUAUAGAAAUUCGGUUCCGCGCAAUUAUUUCCUCCGUAUCUAUACUUUCCCAUUUUGUUAAGAGUUGCACAUCGAUGUGAUUGCGCACGUUCUCCAUGGUUUUACUGCAUUAUUCAUCAAUUUAUACAAAUUUUUUUUCUAAAUUGUUCUUAGCUAGUGUUACGUCCGGUGGACUCCACGAUUUCUCCGUUUGCGAACGUUCGCUCAGAUAAAGGGCUUAGAAUAAGAUAAAAGUUAUUGGUCAUCAAUUGGUGGACAAAUAUCGACUCAACGAGAUCGACCGUUGUCUGUCUUCUUGGGAAGAUUUAUUUCAGGAAACAUUUAGAAAGAUUUAUUUCAAAUAACAUUAUAAUAACGAACAAAAGAAUGUUUCUAACAGAAGAAUUUUGAAAACAAAUAAAACCUUUUUUUCCGCGACAGUAAAAUCCGAUUUCAAAAUGCGCCCGAGAUCCAUAUGUUCCAAGAUUAGAAAAAUAAAUAUUAUCUAGACAUACCAUCGCAGCGGAACUAUAAAAUCUUUCAGCCAAGGGUCGAUGAUUCACGAACCGGCACAAAGGGAUGUAAUAAAAUUUAAUCUCAAAACAAGCUCUAGAUUUCUGAAAUUUCGUAAAAAGGGAAAGUUAUCCUCAGAAAAAAAGGUGAUUUAUCUGUUUUCAACUAUUAAAACCCCAACCGGAAUUCAAGACCUCAAGAUCACUCAAUAAGAUGAGAAAUUGAUGACUAAUAGAAAUCCAGAAAAACAGUGCUUUUGUUAAGCAGAAGUAGGUAUCCCCAAACUCCGGGAUCGCGAUAGGGGAACGAAGCCCCAUUGGAUAACCAAUCAAACUAAAAUCGAAAUGGUGAGGGUAGCGUCUCACCGAAAUCUGUAGCACCUCCAACCAAUAGCUGUAAGACUUAACAAUGUAAGGCGGAAUGAAUUACUUUAAACUAGAUUAAGUGAAGGUUAACGAAUCAGGAAUAACCUCAUCGAUAUCAUCUUGCCAAUCAGAUUUUAAUUCUUUCAACUCGAAACAUCCCACAUCCUUUGAGAUUUCCUAUAUAAACCGGAAAUUUUCCCGUAUCGCUCUUUCAGACCGCUCAGCUCUCAGGCCGUUCAGAUUUCAGACUUCUCAGAUCGUCAUCCGCGCUCAAGACAUCACUCUCACCCAGAGUAACAUCCUCGCUAGACAUCGCCGCGAAUCUUCACCCGCGAGUUCAGUUAAUUGAAAAGGUGCGCAAGCGAUCCGAGAUACCGUGCAACACAGCCAAGGGCAGCGAACAACCGACGUCUCACCAGCAAAAAGAUAUAUCAGAAGGAGAAGAAACGAUAAGCGAGCGCAGAGAGAGAAAGAAGGGAUCGUGACUUACUGUUGGCCGCCAGCUAGCAGCGUAAGUUGAGCAGCGUUAUAGAUAUACACUAACACUCACGCACUCUUUAGAGAGCGACAAAGAUAUCGUUCUCAGUCAAGCGGGAUCCCACUUAAAAUAUUUCGAAGAGAGGGGAUUUUACGAGCUUCACUUUGCUCAUUUGCCUGGACAACAGUCCAGUUCGUCUCCUACGUGUGAAUCGGUUAAUCUUUGGUGAGACGUAAAAUUGCGAUGUCGUCCACUGCUCCACCCACGAAACAAGCGAAAUUAAGUGUUAACAAUAAUAACAAUAAUAGUAACAAUACUAACAAUCAGUCGUUCUCCGCGCACGGCAACGUUACUUCCAACAACGUCGGACCGUUACCUUCACGUAACGAUGAACAGGAAUUUUUAACGAAGGAAGAACGCUUCAUCAAGGAACAUUACGAUUAUUUCAAUCAAACGUUCACAAACUUGUUGAUGCAUCGACAAGCGAUAUCGGAAUCAAGUGUUGCUCAGCGCAAACAGUUGGAAGAGGCGUUAAGACUGCAAGCAAGCUUGAAAAACGGUCUCGAUCAAGCGAAGAACGAUCUGCAACGACGAGCGAGCGAGUGCGUAAAGUUAACUCGCGAACUUCAAGAAGUGCGUCUUCAAAAAGAUCAACUUAAUCAGGUAGUGAAGCAAAAAGAUAACGAAAUAUCUUCGUUACAGAAGCAACUUACGCAUAUAAAAGACGAAAUGACAAAGUUCUAUAAAAGAUGUCUCGACAUUAAUCAAAAUAAUGCACCUAACAAUAAGCAGGACCGACGAAGCAACUGAGAGUGUUUUGCGUCUCUUAAUUCCGACAUUACAUCCGUUGAUCCGGCAAAUGUGCUGCAGAACAAGAACAUUGUUUGCCUCAUCAAGUCACUUAUUGCUUACACCCACUAUGCAUCUGUGCGGCGUACCGAGUCCAGACGAACACAUAGCACUAUAUCGAGGGAUUGCAUCAUUUGUUCAGCCGAACAACAUCCGAAAUGCGCAUUCCAGCCAAAAUAUUAGAUAACGACAGCAGGGCUAUAGACUGAGGAAGGGUCUUACGGCGCCGUGGGCAACCGCCUCGCUCGCCUCAUCCUUACGCCGGGACUGAACGACAGGCAGAAUGAAAAACGAAGAAAAAUGUCAAUCCACGAGGAAGAUAUGGAUAGAUAGGAAGAUGGAUAGAUAGGAAGAUAUGGAUCGACGUUCCAUUGAUAUGGAAAACAAAGCUGGAAAAUUAUUACACAACUAAUUUUAUUUGGUUUUUUUUUAUGAACUAUUAAUACAAAUAGCUAUCUCUUUAUUAUUAUUAAUAGUUCGACGAAAUGGAAAAUGAUUCUUCAGUUGAUAAAGCUUGCGGUUUUGACAAUGAGUACUUUCGAACACCUUCUUCGAUAUGGCAGUCUGCCCCCGUUAAUUCUGCCAUCGUGAGAAUGUGAAAUCGACAUAGUUUUCAUCAAGUUUAACAUGAAGACAUUCAACAUGUUUUGUAUGAAGACUAUUUGCGACUUGCGAUUGGUGAUAGCUGAUGAUGUGAUUAUCGGUAAUGUCGAUGUAACCAUGUGUGCGCUAACGCUGUUACUAUAAUUGAUGGCAGAAUAAUCUAUUAAGGGAUCUAAUCACCCUGAUUGAGUCUAUAAUAAGCAUAAAUUAAAAUUUUUUUAAAAUUAACUGCUGUGUAGUAUUAAUUUAUAUUUUAGGAGCAUAAUACACAACAUUAAAACUAUAAAUCUGAAAAUUUUCGAAAAGAUUGAGCUAAAAAUGUAGGCUGCAGAACAAUUCUUGCAAAGCUUCUUUGUCGCGUCAGGAUCGGACGGGUGUAACAUUUCCGGAGAGGAGAGUGGUGUGAAAUAAAAAAACAAAAUAUUUUCCUGUAAACAAAUGUUAUAGUUAUCGUGUUGCGUAGUGAUUUUUUUUUAAAUUGUAGAAAGAUCUUGAAAAAAAAAUUUUUUUACCUUAAAAUUCAAACUUAAAAAA